CACCAGAAGUACACCUGCACCUUCUGCGGCAAGGAGUCGAUGAAACGCACCUGCGUCGGCAUCUGGUCCUGCAAGGCCUGCAAGAAGACGGUGGCCGGCGGCGCCUACGUCUUUGCCACCAACUCUGCUGCUGUCCUCCGCUCGGCCAUCCGCCGCCUUCGAGAGACCAAGGAGGUCUAA